UAACUGUUCACUGUUCGAUUAACAGUCGAUAACGAAGAGAACACUUAUGRCUCCCGGGAGGUCGAACAGUCGACAAAAUGGGGUUCCUGUGGCUAAUCAASAUUUUCCGAACGGUUUCCGAACACUUUUCCGACGCUAUUACGAACUUUGACCGUUGAUGCGUGUUGUGUUGCGAUGUUUUGAAAAAGGCGGGUGUAAUUCAAAAUGGCAGAAGAGAAUAAGGAAGACGAUAAGAAUAGUAGCAAUUAUUUUACACCGUUAAACCCAACUAGGCCCAACCAAGUACAGAAAACAUGGUCAUCAAGGAAAUUUACGCCGUACAGUAUAACAGGUUCAAGAAGAUUUACGCGAAUUCUGACAAGCCAUUCAAGAGUCAAGAAGUAUAACGACAUGAUGAAAGAUCCAGGAAUGGAAAUUACAAAUUUGACUCCACCGGAUAGUCCAGAAAGAUUGUCAUCGUUUAUAACGAGAACUCCAGGGAUAGCUAUGCAAACAAACAGAGAAUUGAAGGAUAUUUCGAGCGAUAUCUGUCAUAUUGUUGGUAAAACAUGGAGACUUCAUCGUUGUUCUCCACUUCACAGAUUCAAAACGUCCUUUUUGCAGGGUUAUAAAAGGUUGCUUUUGGGGCAUUUGGAGUCAAUCAAAACCAAGGGACUUGCCUUUGAAGUCGGCGAGGAAGUGUAUAGUAUUGAUGGAAAGUUUUCAGUGGAUAUAAGCAUUCUACAAGAAUUUUCAUUCUAUGAUACCGACGAGAGAGCACUCAAAGUUACAGUUUAUCAAGUUGUCAACAAUACUUCUUCACCGGUUUUAGAUGCGAUAUUCUGCAACUUUGGGAAUGAUUUCCAGAAUUGGUACGGAUUAGACGGCUUCACUUUUUUGCCUGUAUGCAUUGUGAAAGGCCCAGUUAGUUUAUCAAGGACUGUUAUGUCAUGGUUUCAAGAUCAUUUUGAUUGUACCAUCAUUCCUUUCAAGCUACCUCCCAUUGAACUUACUUGGUAUGCUUCACUUUGGGCUGGACUAGAAACAGACAACAAGCCUUGUGAUUUUGAACUUUGCUACACCGUUCCRUGCUCUGUCAAAGGACUAAAGAAAGUAUCAUUUUGUGUGGAUACAGGUGAUGUUAAGUUGCUUUGGGACAGUUGCCAUUCAAAUGAUUCUGAUAUCUUUACAGGUGAAGAAUCACAAGCUUUUAUGGAAGCUUUGAAUUCUCAUUUUUAUCAACAUUUCAGAGUUCAUCUUGGAUCAUUGUCAUUAUCAAGAAUACGGACUUCAGUUGUAUAUCUUAAUAGUGACGGACAGAUAAAGAUUUUGCAAGCUAAGUAUGUUAGGCAUAUAUUACAGCAGAUAACAGCUGCUGCUCUAGAAACAGACCAACAUGGUAGAUUGUAGGAUUUAUGAUGUAAAUUAUAAUGGUAAUGUUCUAUUCAAGCUUGAUUUCUGAUUUAUGUAAAUCCUUUUAGAAGCUAGCUUAUGAUAAGUGAUAAUUGUAUUCUUCAGAGCUCCCUGYGCCAUCUAUUGAAAGGUAGCUGUUCAACUUUGAUGAAAAGGCACAACGGCCUUUCAGGACGGUGCAGGGAACCAUGAAGAAGACUAUUAGAGGACUAUCACCAAUGGACACUCAAUGCAGUCAUGCCUAAAAUUUUCAACUUGAUAUGAUGAAGGGAAUUCAAAUAUCCAUUCCUAAUCUGUUUCCAUCUGUCAGUAUUAUUAGGGAAUCUUAAUAUAUCCAAAUUCAUGGAGCAUUAAGGYUUACUAAAGAGUAAAAGUUUUUGUUUCUAAUACAAUUUAUAUCUAUAUAGAUCCAAACAAUAACCCAAAUAUUAGCAUUCAUAUUAGUCAUAUUAGUAGUUGGUUUGACUUGCRUGAGUUGUAGAGUAGAUUCACAUGRCACAACUCGUGUCAUAGGGAUGAAACAAGCAAGCUCGAGUAGGUUGCAUGCGAUGGCUGUGGGCAAAAGUUGUACYGUCUAAAUUGGCCAUAGGUACCACAGGGAGCCCGUGUUUGUAUGUGCUUCCUCCAAUGAAUCUUAUAAAGGAGUCGUGCUAUUUGCACUUCUUUUAUCUUGAUAUACUUUUUAUUUAACGUUUCAUCAUUAUGAAGAUAACAAAACUUCAGUGUGUCUCAUUGAUACCAAAGAAUAAACAUGAAUAAAGUAUCAACAUAAUGUAA